UUUAGUUUUUAACCUGUGAGGUUUACAGUUUGUUAAAAAAGUGGGCAUUUUUUAUUAUUAAGAUGAAUAUUAAUAAUAGGAUGGUGUAUAACUAUGCCCCCAUGAUGGUUCUUGAGAGCGGCAGGGGCAAUAGAAAGAUAGCUGACAACGUAUGCACCAUAAUAAAAUUCAAACGUGACUUGGAAAAACGAAAAAUACACAGCACCCUGAAAAAUCAACACGUUUACUUGGAAAAACCAAGCGAAUCCGAACUUUCGUCAAAUGGUAAUGGAAGGGCGUGGAUGAAUGGGCACGUAAAACCAGAGGAUAAACAGUCGACUUUGUCUAGAUAUUGCACCACAGAACGGCAGAGAACCCCACCAACAAACUACCAGGCCAUCAAAAGAACAUGUCGCGAAAGAGGAUCUCUGUACGAAGACCCAGACUUUCCCACCAACCAAAAAUCCCUGUACCACCACAAAAAACCGUCCCUGCAACCGUUAGUAUGGAUGCGACCUCACGAAAUUUGCCAGCGCCCAAAAUUUAUAGCGGAAACAAACCCAGAAACGUACAGAUUUGCCGUAGAAGCAGGCGAGUUGGGAGACCAAUAUUUGUUGAGUGCUGUAGCAUCUUUGGCUUUAACUCCGAAAUUUUUGGACCGGGUUGUACCACCCGAACAAGGUUUCGAUACUACGGCUUCCUAUUGCGGAGUGUUUAUAUUUCGUUUCUGGCAUUUUGGAGAAUGGAGAGACAUAGUGAUAGACGACAGGCUACCAACCUACAAGGGUAGAUUGGUACACCUGCACAGCUCAAAUAAUACUGACUUCUGGGCUGCCCUGCUAGAAAAAGCCUAUGCCAAAUUUUAUGGUUGUUACGAAAAUUUGCAGCAAGGCUCUACGACAAGGGCGCUUCAAGAUCUGACAGGUGGUAUCGUGCAAAGUUUCGGGCUGACCCACCAGGACAGGUUCUUGACUUUUCAAGUGCUUAACAGCGCCGUCCCCAGGUCUAGCCUCUUAAUAGCGACAAUAACUCAGGAAAAAGACAAUAAGCGCCAGUUAAGACUGCGCAACGGCCUUAUAACGCACCACGCGUACAGCGUGACGGGAUUGGCUAGAGUGCGAGGCGCAACAGGUGAAACCCCGCUAGUUCGACUUCGGAACCCCUGGGCGAGAGGGGAAUGGACUGGGGCGUGGAGCGAGAGAUCCUGGGAAUGGGACGGACUUUCUAACCGCGACAAAGAGUUGCUUAGCGUCAGGGUGACCAACGAGGGAGAAUUCUGGAUGUCAUUCGACGAUUUCGCUAGACAUUUCACGCAGCUAGAUUUAGUGCAUAUAGGGCCGGACGAUUGGAUGAUGGAAGGGGCGCUUCAUUCCAAACAGCCUUGGCGCGCUGUUUUGGCGCGUAGAAGAUGGCGGGCUGGAUAUAACGCUGGAGGUGGCCCCACUUAUACAGAAACCACCGCUAUGAACCCGCAGUUUCACGUUCAGAUUCCCAGGAGUUCCAGUAAUAAAUGUCAUGUGGUUGUUAGUAUUACGCAGUAUUAUGAGACUAGUAUACAAGAUGUAAAGAAAAAGAAGCCCUUAUAUGCUAUUGGGUUUGCUGUCUAUGAAAUACCUCAUUCUAUGCAGAGGUUGACUCCACAUUUUGUGACGGAACAAAAACCUCUGGACGUAACCAAUCACUCUGUAGCAAGGGAGGUGGUUACAUUCUUUACUUUACCUCCAGGUGAUUACAUAGUGGUCCCUCAAACAAAUAUACCAAAUCUGGAUGGUAAAUUCCUACUCAGAAUUUUCACUGAUGAACAGAGCAACAUUUGGGAAGUAAAUGAAGACAACGUGAUAAUACGCAACAUAUCCUCUGAAUUCGUAGACGAAAAUUCAUCACCAAUCCUGGUAAACCCCAUUUAAAAAUCCCUAACAUUUCAUGCAACCUUUUUUUCAGACGGAUAAUAAGUCAGUUCUCUCCAAAAUGCUUCUUAAAUACCCACCUGAAGUCGAUGCUAGUCAACUACAAAAAAUCUUGAAAUCACAAUGGAAAGCCUACCUAACAGAAAAACCAACUUUGGAACUCUGCAAAAGCCUUAUUAUGCUGAGGGAUUACAAUAUAAGCGGCAGAAUAACCCUUAUCGAUAUACCUGUGUUGAUGCACAUGCUACAGUUUUGGAGGAUGGCGUUCCAAAAAUUCAGCCACAACAACGGCAAAACAUCAAGCUACAACCUAAGAGCCUUACUUUGGGAAGCAGGGUGUACAGUUAGCAAUAAGGUUUUAGAAUGCUUAGUGUUAAGAUUCGCCAAAAAUCGAAUUUUAACCACAGAAAAUUACAUUAUGGCCUUGGUGAGGUUGCAUUUGUCCCAUGAGAGGUACCAUAAUUUGGACACCAAAAUGAAGAGCAACCCUUUGUCGUUAGAAGAAAUGAUUCUAAUGACGAUAUAUUCGUAAUGUCAGUAUAAACCAAAGAUAUUGUAUAUAAUAUGUUACAUAAUGUAUAUUUUGUAUAUAACUUAAUAAUUUAUUUAACUCGUAUGACGUAUGUGCAAUGUAUUGAUAUAGACAAAGAUUAUGUAGUUAUUGGAA